AUGAUUGAUGUGUUUGCUGUAAAUCUUCGAGGUAUCUUCGUACGGCAUUCAUUCCAAGUACUUUUCGGGAGGAGAAUUCCAAGAAGAGCUGUGGUGGGAAAUAGAGUCAGUGCUAUUGCUGUUCCUCUGUUAUUUGCAUGUCAUCGUGAAUAUUCGAUGCUGCCUGCGAAAAAACAACCGAAAGUCCGGCUGCUCGCUUUUUACCUUGGUUUCGACGUAGACGCAGACAAGACUACGCAUCAUUUUCUGUAUAGCUGUUCAGAGGAGAGCGUACUUUCUGUCAGAUGA